AUGGCCAGCGAGGACCCGAGUCUUAGGAGCAGCUCUGGCUCUGGCUCUCGAUCGUCUGCCGCCCGCUCUUCGGUCCGCCAGUCGUCGCAGCCCCAGCAGCUGUCGACCAUCGAGAAGAGCGUCACACACCUGCUCGUCGCGACCAAGCAGCUGCUCGAGACCUUGACACAAUGGUCCCGCAACGCUGCCAGCGAAAGCGAGGUCUCGGACGUCUACGUGCGUCUGGGCUAUGAGUUCAACAUCGCCUGUCGCGCCUUCAACGGCAUCGGUGUCGACACGCAGGACCUUGGCCCUGUCCCCGACCUUUUGCGCGCCAUCCUCGAGGAAACCCUUAGCCAGGAAGCCAGCCAGCAGAGUCUCGACCGCUUCCUCCCCCGCAUCCGCGACAUCAUCAUCAACCUUCUGCAUGGUCUUAAGAAGAAGCAGCAGCGGUUGCGCCAGCGCACCAGCAGUGGCAGUCAGAGCUCUAGACAGGCCAGCGCUGCAGAGUCGGCCGCUGACGACCUCCUCGCUCGCCAGUCUGCCAGUCGAACUCAGUCUCAGCGCGUCGCCAACGAACCUCCUGGUCAUGAUCUCCCUCCACGCUCGGCCUCGAUUCAGGGUGGCAGGUCGUCACCGAGAAAGGAAAGCUUCACCCCUGCUGCCUCGAUACAUCAUGUUCGCGACCAGAGUCGCGAUACCACAAACUCCGACACCUCGUCAAUGUCGAGCGGCGCCAUGCAGAAUAUUCCCGUUAUUGCCCCAUAUCCUCAGGAGGACACGAUGCCUGCUCAGCCGCCAGCACAGUACGGCAACGAACCUGCUCCAGUAGCCUACCAGCAAGAAUCUCCACGACCGCCCUAUACCGAACACAACCUACCUCUGCCUCCCCCACCUCCGCCUCCGAAACAACAAGAUGCACUGGCUGCUUUGCAACGAGGCGGAGAGCUCGAGAGAAGGGCUUCGAGACGUUUCUCGGCCUACCAGAUUUCAAAGCAUCUGGGCUCUAGCAAUGGUGUGCCCAUGAUGCCUGUGGCUCAGCACAGCCCAAUUCCCAACCGAGGACAAGACACACGCGAGUCGAUGAAAGCUGUCCGCACCCGUAGCUUCCUUCACAACAGGCAGAAAUCAGGCCAGAAAAACGCUCAAGACUCGCCCAGCAGGAGAGAACGGUUGGAAGAGCUGAGAAAUGCAGAGACGAUAGACACAGAUGUGGCCGAGCUACCAGCGACCGCGGGUUUGGAGAGUGCUAGUCCCAUGCCCAAGACACCCGAGGACAAACUGGGAGCUUAUCCGUUCCCUGCGCAACAAUCACCUGAAGAGAUGGACAUGGGUGCCACUGUUAACGGGCCGGUUCCCGAGACGAUCAUCGAGCGGAGCUCUGAAGAUCCAGCUGGUGGAGAGUUGCAGCGUCGCAGGUCUAGGAUACAGCGGCAGACUACUCCUCCUACAGCUGCUGAAAAGACCUCGUCUCAACAACAAUUUGUGCCCGAAUCCUCACCACAGCCUGGCAAGGAGUUGACCCUUUUCCUCCAGUACAAGAGCAAGAUCAAGAAGUUUGUGCUGCCUGAUGGCGGCGAUCUGUCUAUAGCCAGGCUUCAGCUUGCUUUCAUCGAAAAGUUUGCCUGGAACACACACAACAACGGCAACGAUCUUCCCGAAAUCUACUUGCAAGAUCCAGUAUCGGGAGUUCGCCACGAGUUGGAAGAUCUGGCUGACGUCAAGGAUCGUUCUGUACUCGUACUCAAUGUCGAACAAUUGGACGAAGUCAAGAAGCACUUUGAUGACAGCAUCGGAGGCAUCAAAAGCAUGAUCGAGGGCCUCAAAGCCGCUGUGGAUGAUCAGCAAUCUGCUAUCCAUCGGGUGUCAGAGCGACAACAAGAAGCUGCUAAGGAAAUGGCCACAUUGGCGACGGCGCCUCCACACGCUCAGAUACCCAAUGCGACACCUCCACCUCUCCAGACAGCAACUUCCAAAGGUACGCCUGCUCAACUUACAGAAGUACAAUCACUCCGUCGCGAGCUUGCUGUUGUCCGCCAGACCUAUACAUCCUUCGUCGAUGACAUCAACUCUUCCAUGUCUACUAUUAGGACCAAGGCUGCCACAGUCAAGUCCGCUGCGAACAAGGCACGCAUCCCUUCUAUGCCUGCGGGCUCUGGCCGAACAUAUGUCAAUGGUGGCAAGAAGUCGCUAUCAGAUGACAGUGAGAAGCUUGUCACCCAAGUGGACGAUCUGCAAGACACUGUGGAAGACCUUCGCAAAGAUGUCGUCCAACGCGGAGUCCGGCCUCUACCUCGCCAGCUGGAUGUUGUCAGCAAAGACAUUUCCACUGCGACAUCCGGCCUCAAGAAGCUGCAAGAGUUCCUCAAGCGCGAGAAGCCCAUCUGGACCAAGAUAUGGGAGAAGGAGUUGCAAGUCGUUUGCGAGGACAGAGAUUUGCUAACCAUGCAAGAAGAGCUAUGUAUCGACCUGGAAGACGACCUCGAGAAAGCGGCUGAAACGUUCGCACUCGUCGAGCAAGCCACCAGACAACAAAACCUGCAGAACACACCUCGCGCAUCAUCUCGCACGCUCAACCCUGUGGGACUUGAUCGUGGUGGCGACCCAGCAAAAGCCCGCACAGGCGUUUUGGGCGAGGUGCGCGCCCUCCAACCAAACCACGAAUCUCGUCUCGAGGCCAUCGAGCGCGCCGAGAAAGCCCGCCAGCGCGAGCUGGAGGAAAGACGCGACGGCGAAUUUCAGAAGGAACUCAGCAGUUUUGUCGAGGAAGGGAAGCUGAAAAAGAGCGGCGGUGUUGAAGAGGCGGAGCGCUUGCGCAAAAUCAAGGAUGAGAGGAGUCGGAAGGAGAACUUCGAGCUGCUGCAACAGAGGGAAAGGGAUAGAGCUGCGAAGAGAGCUGCCGAUGCUGCUGCCAAAGCCGCUGCUAGGGCUGAAGAGGCUGCAGUCGAAUCAGAAGCCACCAACGAAGUCACAGAAGCUGCUGCCGAGGAUACGAUGGUACAGAGCACUGUACAGCCAUCCGAGCCCACUGAGAACGACGAUGCGAAUAACACCGCAGGGGAAUCUGCAAAACCUGAUGCCCAAUCAUCACUCGAUGUGCCAUCUGCAGAUGGCACAGUAGAUUUCGAUGAACCAAGUCCAGCAGUCGAGUUCGUGGAUGCACGAGAAAUCCCACCCACGCCUGCUGCAGAGUAG